GUACCAAGAGGAAUCCAGCAGGGGGCAGCAGCUACUUCCGGAAAACCUGCUGCCGUAAAACACCGAAGAAGAGUGUGUUGAUUUCUGUGCUGUCAAGGGUGGUCUUCUGCCACAGUUUCUGAUGCUUCCCAGUUUGUCCCGCUGCACCCGGCCCAUCACCACCUGCCUUUCUUUAACCCGGCCCCUGGCCCACUUCAGACCACACAUGGACCCGGACCCCAGCCGACCCGUUGAGCGGACUAUCAGAACCAAACUCACCGAUUUGUUCAAGCCAGACCACUUGGAGGUUCACAAUGAGAGCCACAUGCACGCCGUCCCCCCUGGAUCUGAGUCGCAUUUCCGCGUCCUGGUGGUCAGCUCCCGGUUCGAGGGUCUGCCUUUGAUUCAGCGCCACCGUCUGGUUAACGAGGCGCUGAAGGACGAACUGAGUGGCUGUGUGCACGCACUCGCCAUCCAGGCAAAAACUCCUGAUCAGUGGGGAAGAGACCCCGCUCUGGGGAAGAGUCCGUCCUGCCUGGGGGGCUCCAGAGGGGAUCACACAGUGGAGGAGAAACUGAAGGCUGGACGAGAGUAAAAUGUUGGACCUGGAUGUUUUCUCCUCAGACUCUGCACUGAUAUUUAAAGGUUUAAAUAAACAGAUCAAGACAACUGUAGGGUUUUACUCCAACAGUGACUCAGAAAACCAUAACACCAGCGGUUCUCGAAGGGUUAAAAUCCCACUUUUGUUUCGUAAAACAAACAUGGGCCUUGAGACGAUCUCCAGAUAUUAAACUUGAUCAAGUUAAUUCAGUUCUUUUUUAUUUUAUCAUAACUGCUCCAAGAGAUUGUCCUCAAUCAAUAAAAGCCAUAAACUAACAGUAA